CUCGCGGGAGCGCGGUUACCUUGGAGACCGCCCGGCCUCUUCCGCUGCGCGUCACCGGCAACAUGGCGGACGAUGGAGAGCAGCAGACCACAAACACGGUGGAGGAGCCCCUGGACCUGAUCCGGCUGAGCUUGGACGAGCGGAUCUAUGUGAAGAUGAGGAACGACCGGGAACUCCGGGGGCGGCUACAUGCAUAUGAUCAGCACUUGAAUAUGAUCCUGGGGGAUGUGGAGGAGACGGUGACCACCAUCGAAAUCGAUGAAGAGACCUACGAGGAGAUUUAUAAGUCCACGAAGAGAAACAUCCCCAUGCUUUUUGUCCGAGGUGACGGCGUCGUGCUCGUAGCUCCUCCUCUAAGAGUUGGAUGAUGGGUUUCGGAAGAAGAGUCCAUAACAUGCCGAAGUCUCAUGAACCCGCCCCUCUGUCCCUUCUCAUCC